UUUUUGGAAAAAAAUGAUGAGCAAGAGCAACUGGCUAAGAACUGGGGGUUCAAAACGUCUGACAUAAGAGAACUGAGUAACCAUGAAUUCUUCAUGCCAGGAAUGGUUGAUACACACAUUCACGCUCCUCAGUAUUCAUUUGCUGGUACAAGAGUAGAUCUACCUCUUUUGCAGUGGUUGACUACCUACACAUUUCCAGCAGAAGCCAAAUACAAAGACAGUGAUUUUGCAGAAGAAGUGUACACCAGAGUUGUUAGACGGACACUAAAGAACGGCACGACUACAGCUUGCUACUUUGCAACAAUUUACACAGACACUUCUCUUCUUCUUGCUGAAAUUACAGAUAAAUUUGGUCAGCGAGCAUUUGUUGGAAAAGUCUGCAUGGAUAUGAAUGACAGUGUGCCGCAAUACAAGGAGAAUACUGCUGACUCUGUCCAAGAGACAGAAAGGUUUGUUAAAGAACUACUGGAAAAGAAGUAUCCAAGAGUACAGCCUAUAAUAACCCCUCGUUUUGGCCCUUCCUGCACGGAGGGUUUGCUGUGUGCGCUUGGUGAUUUAGCACAGGCUCAUGAUCUCCAUGUUCAGAGUCACAUAAGUGAGAACAAAGAAGAGCUCAAAGUUGUGGAGAAAAUGUUUCCUGCCUACCAGAAUUACACUGAAUUGUAUGAUAAAAACAAGCUGCUUACCAGCAAGACAGUGAUGGCCCAUGCUUGUUAUCUCUCUGAGGAAGAGCUGAAGCUUUUUAGCCUUCGUGGAGCUGCAAUUUCACAUUGCCCCAAUUCUAAUUUUUCGUUGCGCAGUGGUGUCUUAAAUGUGCAAAAAGUCCUGAAACACAAUGUGAAGCUUGGCCUUGGCACAGAUGUUGCUGGUGGAUAUUCAGCUUCUAUGCUUGAUGCUAUCAGGAAAACAAUGAUGGCAUCUGAUAGCCUUCAGAUCAAUAAAGUGAAUGAAACAGGACUAACUCUGGAAGAAGCUUUUCAACUAGCCACUCUUGGAGGAAGCCAAGCGCUAGGAUUAGAUGACAUCAUCGGAAACUUUGAGGUCGGCAAAGAAUUUGAUGCCCUGCUAAUCAACACGAAGGCUUCAGACAGCCCUUUUGACUUGUUCUCUGCUGAUAAUUUUGAGGACACUCUCCAGAAGUUCCUGUAUCUAGGUGAUGAUCGGAAUAUUUCUGAAGUGUAUGUGGCUGGAAAGCAAGUGGUUCCUUUUUCAAGUUCAGUAUAAAUCCAUUUCCCUUUAGCAAAAUACUCGGCUGAUCAUUCU